UGUGUCAUCAUCUUUCUCAGGAUUCCCACCCACAGUUUCAGGAGAACUUCACUCUCUGUGUGGCAAGGAGUCUAGUCUUUCCUCUUUAAAUCCAGCAGGGUCUACAGCAGGCUUCCCCCGUCAGAAACUCAGAGCAGAGCCAAACAUCCAUCAGGAUCAGACGAUGAGGAGCAGAGUGGGGCUGUGUGUGUUGGGCCUGCUGUGCCUCCACAGCUCAGUCUUUGGGCAGGCAUUGGAUGUUCAGCCCGGCGUCCUGAUCUUCUGUGACGACCCGUCGGUGGAGAAUGCCGUCAACAGCGCUGUGAACAAGUACAACGAGAGAUUGAGCACCGGACACAAGCUGGCCCUCUUUCAUAUACUAUCAGCUAGUAAGUCAGAGAACGGCUCAGACUCGGUGUACUCGCUGCAGUUCACCAGCAGGAGGAGUGACUGUCCAGCUGGGAGCAACAAACCCUGGACAGAAUGCGACUAUCUGUCUUAUGAACGCAAGAAGCCGAUUUCAUGCAAUGCCACAGUCUACAUGACAGAGACUGAAGCAGACACUAAGCAGGUGGAUUGCCUGCUCGACGAUGUCAUCAUCCCAGAGAAAGCCCCCUGUUUGGGCUGCCCUAUGGAGGUUGAUGAGAACUCAGAAGACCUUAAGUUUCCUCUCUCCGUCUCCAUCUCCAAGUAUAACUCCAUGUCCGACUCUACUCACUUGUUCACCCUGUACAGUGUCGGCUACGCCACCAGACAGGUGGUGGCAGGUUUCAGGUUCAAGCUGAGGUUUGAUAUGAAGAAGACUACCUGCGCCAAGGCCGAACACAAAGACCUCAACGAUCUGUGUGUCCCUGAUGAUCAGAAUGCGGAGUAUGCUAACUGUAACUCUACAGUGGAUGUAGCACAAUGGAGAUUAGAGGUUCCACAGCCCCACAUAGAGUGUGAAGCAGGGGCACUGCCUCCGAUUUUCACCAGGCGCCGUCCUCCUGGCUGGUCUCCACUCAGAAACAUCCUGCUCAGCAAUUCCCCCUCACCUCCAGCUCCACCCUCUGCACCAUCCACCAAAGAUUCAGCCAAAGAAGAAUCCUCUGAGGAGGACACCACAGCCCCCAAGAUGUCCACCUCCCCUGAUGUGGCCACAGAAGCUGUGAAUGACAGCCCCUUCCACUGCCCAUCCAAGCCCUGGAAACCUUUCAAUCCGGUCCAUUCUGCAGCUCCUACGAAGGCCGCCACAGAGGAGUUCACCCCACUGUACCCAGCAGAAGGGGUGGGGUGGAGUGAUACAGACCUGGUGGGAUAAAUGUAUCCUCAAGGGAACCACAUCUACAUUCAAAAUGAUCUCACUUGUCAAACUCUCUCAACAGAUGUUUUUGGUUGAUUUUGUAGACCUCUCUUAUACUAGGUUGCAUUGCAAGGAUUUUCUUAGAGACAUCUUUGGGGGUGUAAUGCAGAUUUAAAACACAAAAGGGUUAAGUCAAUAAAAUAAGCAGUUAAGGUGAUAAAAAGCAUUUUUGUUUUGGUCCUGUAACUCCUCAGAAAGCACUGAAAAAGGAUUGAAUUGAUGACAAAGCUCGAGACUGUUAUCAAAAGAAUUGCUGAUUGAGCGUUUCUUUUGAGUAAAUCAAAGUAAUGAGUGAUUAGGUCGUGUUGGGUCUUCAGAGAUGUGAGGAUGGAAAAAAAGUAGAUUGGAAAUCUGUCACUCUCAAAACGAAACGAAACAAUACAAAAUAAAAUAUAACUAUGUUCUGUG